AUGGUACUGGGAGCAGUCGACAAUGUCUUUGUUUAUCCGACUCUUGACAUUAAACAAUUACAAAAUGCAAUUGGUCAUACCAUUUCUCUUUGGCCAAUCGUCGUGGGUCGUCUCUGUAUUAUCGACAAUGAACAUUACUCGAUUGAACUAUCGGAUAAUCCUAUUCCAUUCACUUAUGUGGAAAAUGAUGAACUUGAACGAUGGCCUAUUCUCCCUGUUGCUGUUGGCGAUCGAACAAUCCUUCAACCAUUUGUCGAUUCCGUUCCGAGCGAACCUACUCGAGAUGAUCCACUCGUUCGAUUCAAAGUUACUCGUCUAGUUCGGAGCAAUGAAUAUGUACUAGGUGUUUCGUUCUAUCAUAUGCUUGGUGAUGCAGAUUCUUAUAUUCACUUUUUAAGUGAUCUUUCUCGUUUCUAUCAAGGUCUUGAACCGUUAUCACCAAAACCUAGUUUCGAACGACAUUUAUGGAUUAAGAAAGAUGCUUUUCGUGCUAUCGAUUCGUCUCUUAUGCCUCUCUUGUAA